CGGGAUUUUCACGUUCCUGGAGAGUCGGACAGCUCUCCAACGACCGACCCAUUCGCACGGAAUAUCACAGAGGAGGUCUAAACAUGUUGGCUGACCGGACGUGCUCGCCCUGCCGCGUUUCAAUUAUUUGCGCUUCGUUCUUCGUCUAGACGGUCGUUCCGCGCUGUUUGUUGCUGGAACUCUCGUCCCUCGUUCGCAUCCAAAGCAAUUGAUGGUCGAUUGAGGUUCGUCAACGACUGUUUGAUUGGACGUUGGAGUGGUUCCGCGCUUCUGUGUUUUCGUCUUCAUCGUCUGUUUUUGAACUCAGGGAUGCGUGUUGAGAGCCAGGGCGAGGGAAGACAGGUGGGUGGAUUGUCUUACAAUGCUGAAUCAGGGGAGGGGUGCGUGGUCGAUGGUGUAGUCGAGGAGAGAGCGUGAAUGCUAAUUUUUGAUGUCGGACGGUGCUUGGCUGUAUUUCUCAACUCGCCUCUCGUAGAACGGGCGUAGUCAGAAGGCUGGGUGGCUUUCUCUGCGUGUGAUUCGCCAUAAUCAUCAUUAUGAUCGGUUUAUUCAGCAUCAAACAGAAACAGAAAGAGGCGCAAAACGCGAAUGGGAAAGGGACUGUGAAGAAACAAACACCUGGAGAGCUGCGUGUUCAAAAAGAUAUCAGCGAAUUGAACUUGGCAAAGACCACCUCUAUACAUUUCCCUCUUGGCAAGGACAACUUACUGCACUUCGAGGUGACCAUCAAGCCUGAUGAGGGCUAUUACAAAUCUGGAACUUUUGUGUUCAGCUUCCAGAUUCCACAUGUAUAUCCCCAUGAGGCCCCGAAGGUGAAAUGUAAGACCAAGGUGUAUCAUCCGAACAUCGAUCUCGAGGGGAAUGUUUGUCUCAACAUCUUGAGGGAGGACUGGAAGCCAGUGCUUAGCGUCAAUUCAAUCAUAUAUGGUUUGCAGUUUCUCUUCCUGGAUCCAAAUCCCGAUGACCCGCUUAAUCACGAGGCCGCCGAGGUCUUGAGGGAGAAUCCUCGCCAGUUUGAGACGAAUGUGCAAAGGUCGAUGGCAGGGGGUGUGGUUGGGGGUACGCACUUCAGCAGGUGCAUAGGUUAUUAAUAAGAAGCUUAGGAGGGGUGUUUGUUUGUCACCUACUGUUCGUGCGGUGCAGUAUAGAAACCCCGCUUAAACCACCAGUAGUCGGCCGAGGCUAUGAAGAAAGGCAACCAGUUCACACCGGUGGGUUGCAGAGAGGUUGGGAUUGACCGUUGCGGGAAGGCUGGCGGCGCCAGCCAGAGCGCAUGCCGGAACGGUGUGCACUUCUUAGUGCCUGCGAAAUCCGCAAAAUCGGCGAUGGGGAAGCAGAGGCUUGGAACAACUGGUGGGGCAGAGGGGGUUUGUAACUAUGUGGGAAGAAAAAUCGCUGCAGUGAUCCAUCUGGACUGGAAUGUCUCCGGGUGGCACACACAAAUAUGCAGUUUCCUGGUGCUACCUUGGUCGCGUAUUCAUUGACGUCGGACCUGUGCUCCUUUCUCGUACAGUGAUUGAUAGUAGGCCCUGAUUUGCUCUGUGUGCUGGGUUAGGGAAGCUUUCUGUGGUUCUAUCUCUUGGUGUUUGUGGUGUUUGGGGCCAUUGGAGACGCAUGAGCACUAUGUCAGGUCUGUGUCAUCACAUGAGAGGAUACAGGGUUAAGGGAGCCUUGUGCAGCUCUUUGUGGUGGUUGGGGGAUGUUAAGAGACAUGAGCACGCUCUUGGAUUUUUGAAUUUGAUUUGGAGAUGUUUGCUUGAGCAUCUGCAGCCGUUGGGAAGUGUUGACGUCUUAUCGCUAUGUUCACCUUGAUCAUGCUUUUCAGGAAGGGUGGUUGAGAUGCAGACUUCUCCAGUGUGUAUAGUAUAGCUAUUAGGGAUGUCCAUGAGAGAUGACCUUGGCCGUCUUGGCGUUGUCUUGGAUUGAGGCCUACUCAUGCACGCAUGAAGUGUAUAGGAACGUUGUCCUGUAUACCCUGUGGGUAGGGAUAUGCAACACGGAUCA